CUUGCUACUUCCACCUCAUUUUGAGCUCAAAAUAUGGCUCCCCCAAAUCAAGGACUCUCUAAAUUUAUAUUUAGUACAAAGAAUUUUCAGAGGCAAGAGCAAUGACCUCUGGUUAUGACCAAGAGACAGAAAACUUACUGCUUGAAGAAAUAUAUCAGCACUUCCACUUAUCUGUGAGAAAACAUGGCUUCAAGAAUGCAUUUGUCAAGUACUGUAAUGAAUGACUUUAUUUGAAGCCAAGAAAAGCUGACCUGACUCCACCCUUGAGGGACACAACCUAACCUUGACCAAUGGCUUCUAAGACAAGGUGGAGCAACGGGGCAGAAGUUCAGCAGUAAAGAAUAAAAGGCCACAGCAUCCCGCAGCAGCACAGACUUGCUUCUGAUGCUUCUGUGAUCACCUGUAAGCUCCACAACUUGACAUCAUGGUGCAUUUUACUGCCGAGGAGAAGGCUGCUAUCACUGGCCUGUGGGCCAAAGUCAAUGUGGAAGAGGCUGGAGGCGAGGCUCUGGGCAGGCUCCUGGUCGUCUACCCCUGGACCCAGAGGUUCUUUGACAGCUUUGGCAACCUGUCCUCUGCCUCUGCCAUAAUGGGAAACCCCAAGGUCAAGGCCCAUGGCAAGAAGGUGCUGACCUCCUUCGGAGAAGCUAUUAAGAAUUUGGACAACCUCAAAGGUGCCUUUGCUAAGCUGAGUGAGUUGCACUGUGACAAGUUGCAUGUGGAUCCUGAGAACUUCAGGCUCCUGGGCAACGUGAUUGUGAUUAUUCUGGCUACUCACUUUGGCAGAGAAUUCACCCCUGACGUCCAGGCUGCCUGGCAGAAGCUGGUGUCUGGUGUUGCCACUGCUCUUGCCCACAAAUACCACUGAAUCCUCUUUUCAAUUCACCAUUUUGUGUCCCCAGUGCCUUCCUUCUGCCCAUGGGGACUGGGGUUUGGCCUUGAGAACCCAGCUUCUGUUUAAUAAAGUACAUUCUAUUCAGGGAUCAAAAAUUAA